CGCGCUGCCGCCGCCGCCGCCGCCGCAGUCCUUAGCUUCCCAGGGACAGGAAACCUUCAAGACCCAGCUGCCACGGCCGCCUCCCCGCCCGCCCCCCAUUCUACGCGCCUGCCCACACCCUCCUCCCCUCCUUCCAGUGCCUUUCGGUGGAGCACUGCAGCACUCAGCCCGAGCUGCCGUUUUCCCCUCGCGGGGAACGCUGUGACCCCCCCGCAGGAGCGGCGGGGCGGGGUGGGGGGGCCCGGGAGAAGAUGGCGACGCCGGGAAGCGAACCCCAACCUUUCGUCCCGGCCCUUUCGGUAGCUACUCUGCACCCACUUCAUCAUCCCCACCACCACCACCACCACCACCAUCAGCACCACGGAGGAAGCGGCGCCCCCGGCGGGGCGGGUGGUGGCGGCGGCGGCAGCGGGGGCUUCAACCUGCCCUUGAACCGGGGUCUGGAGCGCGCGCUUGAGGAGGCGGCUAACUCCGGGGGGCUGAACCUGAGCGCCAGGAAAUUGAAGGAAUUUCCCCGUACCGCAGCCCCCGGGCACGACCUCUCGGACACGGUGCAGGCAGAUUUAUCUAAAAACAGACUGAUUGAAGUUCCAAUGGAAUUGUGCCAUUUUGUAUCACUGGAAAUUCUUAAUCUGUAUCACAACUGUAUCAGAGUCAUUCCUGAGGCCAUCGUUAAUCUGCAGAUGCUGACUUACCUGAACUUGAGUCGAAAUCAGCUGUCCGCCCUGCCUGCCUGCCUGUGUGGUCUGCCUCUCAAAGUCUUAAUCGCAAGUAACAACAAACUUGGAUCAUUACCAGAAGAGAUAGGUCAGCUCAAACAGUUGAUGGAGUUGGAUGUCAGCUGCAAUGAGAUCACAGCGUUGCCCCAGCAGAUAGGUCAGUUGAAAUCUCUACGAGAACUGAAUGUCAGAAGAAAUUACCUUAAAGUUUUACCACAAGAACUAGUAGAUCUUCCCUUGGUAAAGUUUGACUUUUCCUGCAACAAAGUGCUCGUGAUUCCAAUUUGUUUCAGAGAGAUGAAGCAGCUGCAAGUGUUACUACUUGAGAAUAACCCUCUGCAGUCUCCUCCAGCACAGAUUUGCACAAAGGGCAAAGUUCACAUAUUUAAGUAUCUGAGCAUACAAGCAUGCCAGAUUAAGACAGCUGACUCCCUUUAUCUCCACACCAUGGAGAGGCCACAUUUACACCAGCACGUGGAAGACGGCAAGAAGGAUUCUGAUUCGGGAGUUGGAAGUGAUAAUGGAGAUAAGCGAUUAUCCGCCACCGAGCCUUCUGACGAAGACGCUGUUAGCCUCAAUGUGCCAAUGUCAAAUAUCAUGGAAGAAGAACAGAUCAUAAAGGAGGACUCUUGCCAUCACCUUAGCCCCGUUAAAGGGGAAUUUCAUCAGGAAUUUCAACCGGAGCCUUCCCUUUUGGGUGACAGCACCAACUCAGGAGAAGAAAGAGACCAGUUUACUGAUAGAGCAGAUGGUCUCCAUUCGGAAUUUAUGAACUAUAAGGCAAGGGCAGAAGACUGUGAAGAGCUGUUACGGAUAGAAGAGGAUGUGCACUGGCAAACUGAGGGCAUAAUAAAUUCAUCCAAAGAUCAGGACAUGGAUAUAGCAAUGAUCGAGCAGCUGAGAGAAGCAGUAGAUUUGCUGCAAGAUCCCAAUGGAUUAAGCACAGAUAUUACAGAGAGAAGUGUUUUAAACCUAUAUCCUAUGGGAUCAGCAGAAGCCUUAGAAUUACAAGAUUCUGCACUGAAUGGUCAAAUACAGCUGGAGACAUCUCCGGUGUGUGAGGUGCAAAGUGAUCUAACAUUACAGAGUAACGGGAGCCAGUAUUCUCCAAAUGAGAUUAGAGAGAACUCCCCUGCAGUCUCCCCUACCACAAACAGCACAGCUCCAUUUGGCCUGAAGCCUCGAUCAGACCCAGCCCUCAUUCUUCCUCCUAUCUCCUUCAACACACUUACACAGGCACAGACAUGGGACAGCUCUAGCUACAGUGUUCCAUCUGAAGGAGACAGUGACAAUGUGUUUCUAAGACCUCAGAGAAAUUUGGAAUCUAUAGACCCGCAGUUUACAAUCCGGAGGAAAAUGGAGCAGAUGAGAGAAGAGAAAGAGCUGGUGGAACAACUUCGUGAGAGCAUUGAGAUGAGAUUGAAGGUCAGUCUACACGAAGACCUGGGGGCAGCCCUCAUGGAUGGUGUCGUCCUGUGCCAUCUGGUCAACCACAUCCGCCCUCGGUCGGUUGCAAGCAUCCAUGUCCCAUCACCAGCGGUUCCUAAACUUAGCAUGGCCAAAUGCAGAAGAAAUGUGGAAAACUUUUUGGAAGCAUGCCGAAAAUUAGGAGUACCAGAGGAAAAGCUGUGUCUCCCCCACCACAUCCUUGAAGAAAAAGGCCUGGUCAAAGUGGGCAUUACCAUUCAAGCGUUACUAGACAUCACCGUAACGAAGGCUCUAUUCACAUGAAUCUACCCGUUCUCCACUGGGGGCUCAGACUCUGCUCUCAUCCAGGAUCCUGAACUCUGCUCCAGGCACCUGUUCAACCCUCUCUCCCACCCACUGCCUGUCACUUCGCUGACUCCAGUUACAUUGAAACAAUUUUCAGUCUAAGGGAGGAUUUUCUACCUUUCAGAGCUGACCUCCGACUUUAAGACUUGACAGGUAUUUAUCUUGAAACCAGGGAGGGAGCUGGAGAAAAAAAAAAACUGAGCAGCACAUCAAUGCCUUUUCCACCCUCCUUCAUCCUUUCCACACUCACCGACUGCCAUUACCAAAACACCAAGCACAACCGUUUUGCAGCAAGAUGCAUUCGUUUUAUUAAAACCAAACUCAUGUAUUUAGUGGGGGGGUGGGGGGCACAAUCAGGUUUUUCACCACCAAAUUUUUCAAGAAGUUUCUUGAGACCACUGCCUUUUAAAAAACUAUUUUCGACAUACAAAAUAUUUAUAUAAGUAUUAUUUAUUAGUGAGUUGUUAUUCAUCCUUUGGAUGCAAAUUGUAAAUUAGGAAACUAUUUUAUUACUGCUUUUUUGUGGUUAAACACUUUAUUUUAAUAUUAUAAAUAUUGAGUUAUUUUCUAUCCUCUUUGGUGUGUGGUAGUUUAGGUCUCAGUAAUCAUGUUUCUGGUAUAUAUGAUUCCAAAAAAAAAAAAAAAAGCAAAAAACAGGUGCUUUUGGGACACAACUUUUCUGGGGAGGCAAUAUUGACACUUUGGUUUGUGGAACGUUGGUCUUAUUUAUAUUUCUGCAUUCCAUCCAGUUUCCUACAUUCCAGCAGCCCUCUGUCCCCCAAUAUAAUGAACUGACUAAAAUCAAGAGAGCACCCCAAAGUUAUUUGUAAAUAGCUGUGAUGGAAAAAAAAAGACAUAUUAAACUUGAAGCUAAAAUGUGAACAAUUAUUUUUUGGAUUCAUACUUCUUUUGCUAUGCACAAAACAUUCACGUUUUAACACAAAGAAAUAAUAAGUGUUAGCAUCGUGUGUCUUGAAGUGUACUUUUGCACUGUAACUUGGGUUACAUUAAAGAGAGCUUAGCACCAAAGGUAGAUAAUGAAGAAAUGGUAUAGGAAAGUGGAGAUGAUAAAAAGUUGAUUGUUGAACCAAAAAGGGUUUGAAGGGAAGCUUCGACUGAGUAUCAGAAAUUACUUAAGGCACAUAGGACCUGAAUCAGGAAACCAGCACUUCUUACAACUGCCAGUUUUAAAAGAGGAAAUGAUUCUGAGAUGUGCUCAUUUUAUUUUAAUUUGGUGGUUGGUGGUUUUCCAAGUAGUCUGUAAAAUCCUGCAAGAUUCACAGUCUCUGGUGUGAAACCUCAGAAGUGAGUCAUUGUGAGCCUGUGGGCAGCACCACCAAGGCAGGCUAAGGGGAGGGUGCAGUAAGUGGAGUUUGUGAGGCUGAGUGGCUGAGGAGGGAGCAAGUGCAACAAAAUAGGGCUAGAGAAGAACCAGCCAAGGAAUGGAACCCAUGCUGCUCUCAGAGAUUCACAGAGGGCUUCACGGAACCCGGCAGCCUUCUGCAGGCAGUUCCAUGCAUGCGCACUCAUGCUGCAAUCACAGAUGUCCCAGUAAUUCACCUUUCUAAGUCUUGUGAAUGCUGACUGCACUUUCACCUCCUUGAAAAGCCAUUAGAAGUUUUUACAGCAGCAGCAGCCACAGUUUGUAAGACAAAUGUAGAGGAGGACGCAAAAGAAAAGACACCACCAGGGGGAGGAUUCAGUGUGCAGUCAGCACAGACCAACAUCAACCAGGGCAAUGGCUGCCCUCCACUCUUGGGAAGAUGGGGGGAGGUUUCUGAAAAUGGAAAUUUGGAUUGGCAGCUAGCAGUUAUUUCCUAUCAGAUGUACUGUGCACUUUAACCUAACUUAAAAUGUAUUUUAAUAUUUUUCUGUACUGCACAAAUACCUGUUUUGUCAAAUAGCAUAAUGAUGUAAGGAAACAUUUUGGACAAAGAGUGUAUACAAUUUAAGCAACAUUCAAAGGUUGACUAUAUAAGUAGGAGUUUAGCCUGCUGCACCUUCACGGGCAUUCAGAAUGCGGGGUCCUGAAAUAUUUUUUUACAUGUAUAUAUGGUAGCAUGAAGCUUUGUAAUCAUUGUUUUGAGAGAUUUUUUUUUUCAAAAUUAAAGUACUUCUUUUGAUAUUAAUUUUUAUUAUUUUCCUGAAGUUGGCUGUGUAAUGUAAAUGGCUUCAGUCUUAUGUAAAAUUGCUUUUCUUUCUUUUAAAUGCAGUCCUUGUAUGGCUAAGACGUCUUCAAGAUCCUUGUACACUGUUUAUAUGUGCAAUAAAAUGCAUGGCCAGCUGACAGUAUCAUCAGUGGACAGAAUGUAUAUAGUGCAAAUAUCCUUCCUUUGAUUAUUUAACAGCCAUUAAAACUUUGGAUUUGUACAAACCACUUUGUAAUUGACUUACCCAUCAAAAAGGUUGACCCUGGUCACACACAUACACACACACACACACACAUCAUGGGGUGUCAUUGCUGAAACAGAUUGUAGCAAUCAUGUAUAUAUAUGUAUAUGUGCACAUAAUAUGUAUAUAUGUAUGUAUAGCUGUGUGUGUAUAAAAUUUGGAGAAAGAAUAUAUAGUAAUGCAUCAUGUGACAAUAGGGAUAUAUCUGAGAAACGUGUCAUUAGGUGAUUUCGUCAUUGUGCAAACAUCAUAGAGUAUAUUUACACACUUGGUAGUAUAGCGGACCACACACCUAGGCUAUGUGGCCUAUUGCUCCCAGGACACAAACCUGCACAGCAUGAUGCUAUACUGAAUAAUGUAGGCUGUUGUAACACAAUGGUAAGUAUUUGUGUAUCUAAACAUAGUUAAACAUUGGAAAGGUACAGUAAAAAUAUGGUAUUAUAUAAUCUUCGGAGACCACUGUUGUAUAUUUAGUUCAUCAUUGACCAAAAUGUUGUUAUGUGAUACAGGACUGUAUAUUCAUGUAUAGCUAUCAGAAGAAUGACUCCAUCUAUCUGUCGAUACAUACACACACACACACACACACACACACACACACCCCUCAGGAUACUCUUUUUUUCUCCCAAACUAAAACUUACAGCGUAACAUAACAGCAGUAGCAAAUUUCCUAUGAUGGGUUUGGGGUUCAGGUGAAGGCAUGGAUUCAGGACCCCUACUUGUUUUUUGGGCAUAUUUGAGAACACUUAAGGUUCCUUGGCCCAUGUUGUGAAAACCACAGAAUCUGGGCCUCCCUCCUCAACUGUGGUAUCUGACACCCAGAGAAUGAAAUGGUUGCCUCCGUUACACCACUAGAUCUGGGCCAGUCUUGUUUUCCCUACAUGGCUAGCCUACCUUUGGUAGACAGCAGCUGCUUUGAGAAAUUCAAGUGAAAAUAGUCACAUCAUUUCCACGUUCUCACCCCACCCCACCCCACAUAAAAUACACACAGACCCGAAACCGCUAGCCUGAGCAGGGCCUUCAGGGAGCAGUAUCAGGGCCUUUGCACUUAAGAUUCUCAUUUACUGAGUCAAGACACUCUAGACAUGGCCCGUGUUUUCCUUUGAGGUGCUGCAACUGCACCAAAUCCCAAAAUCUUAGUUGUCCCUCUGCAUAUUACAGAAUUCCAGCUCUUCACAGACACUUUCCAUCUUAAACUUGCUGGAGCAACAGGGAAAUGCGUGAUUUAUUGAGUAGCUACUGUGGGUCAAGUGUUAUAUCUCAACUGUGUGCCCCAUUAGAACAAGGCUUCUUGUCUGUUUUGUUCUUUGCUGAUUCGCCAGUGCCUAGAACAGUGCAGCGGUGUCUACUGAAGAGGUGAAUUCAACUUUACACACGUUAGCUCAAAAACUUACAUAACCCUGUAAGGAAGAGAUUUGUAGUGGACACCAAGGGACUGUUCACCUAACACCACAUACUCCUAGGAGUAGGAACUACUCCUGCCUCAUAUACCACAAAGAUUUGUGGCCCAUACAUAGCGCUGCUCACCUGGCUAUGGUUCAUCCAUUUAGGAGCUGCACCUUCCUCACAAUUGACUUACAAGUCUCUUCGUUGGGAUUUUAAUUCUUCUCCUGGUGACUGAAGACAGAAGACAUAAAACCUACAAAAGAUCUAGGGAGAAACUGGCCUACAGAAAGACAGAGGGACAAGAGACAGCAAAAAAACCCCUGAUGUUUGGGUCCGGUAAGAAAGAAAUCCUGUAUUUCUGAAGCCUAGGUAGUUAAAUCUUUCAUGAGUACUUCCAAGAGGCUACAACUUUUGCAUAAAAUCAAUUUCAGCUGGGCUUCUAUCUCUAAUUAAUAAUGCAAACUAAUGAGGAGAAGCUGAGACUCAGUUGUUCAGGUAAUUUGUUCAAGGUCACAGCAGGUAAGAAAGAGAGAGAGAGAGGCUCAGCUGGGUCAGGUCUGUACCCUCACUGCACAGAGGGCUUCCCAGCAGAGGUGACUCCAUUGAAGUUUCUAAAGUUAAAAAAAAAUCCUGGGCAAUUAUUAGAAUGUUUAAACCUAGAAAAGCAAGCGUAUUCACAUGCUAAAACCUGACCAACUGAGUCUAUCUGGACUAGUCUGAAUGCUAAGACACAUCAAGGCCAACCACAAAGAGCAGAAUAAAAGAGAUUUACUGAAGAAGCUUCUAAUUUUGUUGCCAUUUCUCUCUUUGAAUUUAAUUCAAUAUUACUACGUUGUUGUUGUUUUAUUUUGGAAUUUUCUCCCUGUUUAUCAAAGUGAUACAUGCUUUUUUUUGAUGUAAUAAUUUGUUUUUUGUUAUUAUACUUUAAGUUCUAGGGUACAUGUGCACAACGUGCAGGUUUGUUACAUAUGUAUACAUGUGCCAUGUUGGUGUGCAGCACCCAUGAACUCAUCAUUUAACAUUAGGUAUAUCUCCUAAUGCUAUCCCUCCCCCCUCCCCCCACCCCACAACAGGCCCCAUUGUGUGAUGUUCCCCUUCCUGUGUCCAAGUGUUCUCAUUGUUCAAUUCUCACCUAUGAGUGGGAACAUGCAGUGUUUGGUUUUUUGUCCUUGUGAUAGUUUGCUGAGAAUGAUAGUUUCCAGCUUCAUCCAUGUCCCUACAAAGGACAUGAACUCAUCCUUUUUUAUGGCUGCAUAGUAUUCCAUGGUGUGUAUGUGCCACAUUUUCUUAAUCCAGUCUAUCGUUGUUGGACAUUUGGGUUGGCUCCAAGUAUUUGCUAUUGUGAAUAGUGCCGCAAUAAACAUACGUGUGCAUGUGUCUUUAUAGCAGCAUGAUUCAUAAUCCUUUGGGUAUAUACCCAGUAAUGGGAUGGCUGGGUGAAAUGGUAUUUCUAGUUCUAGAUCCCUGACGAAUCUCCAUGCUGACUUCCACAAUGGUUGAACUAGUUUACAGUCCCACCAACAGUGUAAAAGUGUUCCUAUUUCUCCACAUCCUCUCCAGCACCUGUUGUUUCCUGACUUUUUAAUGAUCGCCAUUCUAACUGGUGUGACAUGGUAUCUCAUUGUGGUUUUGAUUUGCAUUUCUCUGAUGGCCAGUGAUGAUGAGCAUCUUUUCAUGUGUCUUUUGGCUGCAUAAAUGUCUUCUUUUGAGAAGUGUCUGUUCAUAUCCUUUGCCCACUUUUUGAUGGGAUUGUUUUUUUCUUGUAAAUUUGUUUGAGUUCUUUGUAGAUUCUGGAUAUUAGCCCUUUGUCAGAUGAGUAGAUUGCAAAAAUUUUCUCCCAUUCUGUAGGUUGCCUGUUCAUUCUGAUGGUGGUUUCUUUUGCUGUGCAGAAGUUCUUUAGUUUAAUUAGAUCCCAUUUGUCAAUUUUGGCUUCUGUUGCCAUUGCUUUUGGUGUUUUAGACAUGAAGUCCUUGCCCAUGCCUAUGUCCUGAAUGGUAUUGCCUAGGUUUUCUUCUAGGGUUUUUUAUGGUUUUGGGUCUAACAUUUAAGUCUUUAAUCCAUCUUGAAUUAAUUUUUGUAUAAGGUGUAAGGAAGGGAUCUAGUUUCAGCUUUCUACAUAUGGCUAGCCAGUUUUCCCAGCACCAUUUAUUAAACAGGGAAUCCUUUGAUACAUGCAUAAUAUAGGAACUUUGGCAGGUAUAAAAGUAGUUGGGGAAAAUGAUCCAGAAUUCCACCUUAUAGGGAAUGAUUAAACCUUUGGGAUAUUUUCUUUAAGACAUCUUAUACAUUUUUACAUAUUACAACUUUACAUAUUGACCUUUUUUCUUGUUAAUAUUAGAUUUUAUGCAUUCCCUGCACCCCCCGAUCCCCCACCGGGUAGUAUUGUUUACUAUAGGGAAAGGUGGAGUUCCCUGGACAGGCACUGACAGAAUAUUUUAGAGGCUUCUUUUACAAGUAUACAGACCUCAAAUAAAGACAUGGGCCCUUAGGUCUUUGAGGGGCACUGGGAGCCAGCAGGGGGGUGAGGAAGUACUGCAGGAAAGAGAAGAUGGCCAAUAGGGGGUGUGUUUCUAAACCAGCUCCACAGGGAGUGACUGCAGCCCCGCCCUGCAGAAAGUUCUGGGAAAUGGCACAGAAUGUCUCACGCCGCAGAGGUAUCCCAGCCAAGCUCCCAAGAGAGAACUGACAUAUUUACACACACACAAAGAAAACUUCCCUCAACAACAUGCCUAGAAAUGUGUAAUCAAAUAAACACAUACUUAUUUUAAUGCUUUGUUUAUCAUAAGAAAAUUAGGGAACUCCCUACAGUCUCUAAAGAGGGAGCUAAAACUGCAGAUAAAGACAAUUCUAAAAGCAAGGACAGAUUACCUACAGGGGAAAAAAGUACUGCAGCAGAUCUCUCAGCAGUACAAUCAGAAGCCAAUCAAUGAUAAUCUGUUUAAAGUGCUGAGAGAGGCCGGGAGUGAUGGCUCACACCUGUACUCCCAGCACUUUGGGAGGCCAAGGCAGGUGGACCACUGGAGGUCAGGAGUUUGAGACUAGCCUGGCCAACAUGGUGAAACCCUGUCUCUACUAAAAAUACAAAAAUUAGCCGGGUUGUGGUGGUGUGCGCCUGUAAUCCCAGCUACUUGGGAGGCUGAGGAAAGAGAAUCACUUGAACCCUGGAGCGGGAGGUUGCAGUGAGCUGACAUUGCGCCACUGCACUCAAGCCUGGGCGAUACAGUAAGACUCAGUCUCAAAAGAAAAGAAAGAGAAAGAAAGAAAAAAGAAUGAAAGAAGAAAGAGAAAGAAAGAGGGAGGAAGGAAGGCGAAAAAGAAAGAAAAAGAAAGGAAAAGAAAGAAAA